AUGGCCAGCACCCCGGGGCCCUUCUCCUUUCCCAUGGCACACGUUGUCCUCUUUGUCUUUGUGGCUUCUGCCAUCUUUCACCUCCAGCAGCGACUGGCGAGGCUUCAACCCCCAGGGGAGGUGCAGACACCAGCGCCGCAACCCAUGCGAGAGAGGCCCACAGCCCAGCAGCUCCAGGGCAUGUGGACCAUCAACGCAGUAGGUCGCCUGGGGAACCAGAUGGGCCAGUACGCCACGCUGUACGCCCUCGCCCAGCUCAAUGGGCGGCCCGCCUACAUCCCCGCGCAGAUGCACAGCACGCUGGCCCCCAUCUUCAGGAUCACGCUGCCCGUCCUGCCCAGCGCCACGGCCCGCAGCRUCCCGUGGCGGAACUACCACCUCAACGACUGGAUGGAGGAGCAGUACCGCCACAUCCCGGGGCGCUACGUCCGCCUCACGGGCUACCCCUGCUCCUGGACCUUCUACCACCACCUGCGCCAGGAGAUCCUGCGGGAGUUCAGCCUGCACGAGCACGUGCGCCAGGAGGCCCAGCGGUUCCUCAGGGGUCUGCGGGUGAACGGGAGCCGGCCCAGCACCUUCGUGGGGGUGCACGUGCGCCGGGGGGACUACGUGCGUGUCAUGCCGCAGGUGUGGAAGGGCGUGCUGGCCGACAGGGGCUACCUGGAACAGGCCAUGCGGCGGUUCCGAGAGCGCUUCAGGUCCCCCGUCUUCGUGGUCACCAGCAACGGCAUGGCCUGGUGCCGGCAGAACAUCGAUGCCUCCCGUGGCGACGUGGUGUUCGCCGGCAACGGCCUUGAGGGCUCCCCCGCUAAGGACUUUGCGCUGCUCACACAGUGCAACCACACCAUCAUGACCAUCGGGACCUUCGGGAUCUGGGCCGCCUACCUGGCCGGCGGAGAGACCAUCUACCUGGCCAACUACACCCUCCCAGACUCGCCCUUCCUCAAAGUCUUCAAGCCAGAGGCGGCCUUCCUGCCAGAGUGGACGGGGAUCGCUGCAGACCUGUCCCCGCUACUCAAGCACUAAGGCUAGCCCCUCGUGGCCAGCCUGACCCUUCUCCUCUUCUGGCUCCCCCAAGAUCAGUUCCAAGGCAAAAGGAACACAAUGUUACAAGCACAGGACCCUUUCCCCUCCAGUGAGGAUGCCUUGGGCUGCGAGGGAUUUCCCAACGAAUGUGUCCAAAGAACAUAUCUGUAGUCUGGCAAAAUUGUCCAGAGGGACACAGCCCAGUGCUGGUUAACUGUCAGCUCAACAGCAUUGUCGGUGACCUCAGCUGUCACUGUCUCUUCUUAGCCCAGUUGCCUCAUGCUGCACC